UUAUCAACAAAAACAAUUAUUCAUAUAUUUACAUCCGAUGAGUUUCUCAAAUAAGUAAAUUUUAUAUUUAUUUAUUACAAGGAGGCAAAUAAAAAUCUAUUGAACUAAAAAAAGUGAAAUUAUAACAUCCGCAUUUUGAAAAGGAGCAAGUUUUCAUUUUAUUUGUGUGCAUGGUUUUUUGAUAUCAACAAAAAACAAACUAUUCUAUUGUUAACAGGAAAAAAGUGCUUUUAAUGUAACAUGGCAUCGAAAGCAACCAAAAAAUCAAAGCCAGGAAAAUCCGGAAGCGUCAACCAGAUAUGUCGGCUUUGUAUGGGAGAGAAUUCCCUGGAAAUUAUAGUCGAUCACGACGUGCUUCAUCGAUGCAUUUCAGAUUUUCUCUCAGUAAAGAUUUCGAAUCAAGAUGGCAUGAGUCAAUUUGUCUGUGCCAUGUGUCGGAAAACUUUACUCGAAUUCAAUCAGUUUUCGAUACGUUGUACGGAAGUACAAGACAUUCUGCAAGCUAAACUACGAAGCGAAACUGAACAGAAAGCUAUGCAAACUGAAUGCCAAAUAUGUCACAGGAUAUACAAAACAAAGAAACAGCUGCUGGAUCAUAUGAGGUACCAUGGACCCAAGAAACAUGUGUGCACGGCCUGUGGGAAAUCGUUUGCAAGAAAACACCAAUUGGCCAAACACAACAAUAUUCAUUCAAAACAGAAAAAUGGUAAGCAACGUAUAACUCAGUUCGAAGGACAGACGUUUACUGUACAUGAAGUUGAAAACAUAAAACCAGAACUCUAUGAAGUAGACGGUUUCUCAAUAGAUAUGCAACCACAGUUGGAUAUGACUAAGUCAAUGGCAGCUGGAACAAGCCAGUCUCGUGAACAUUAUAAUGAUAUAAUGUUGCAACAAAAUGAAAUCACCGUAGAUUCGUCUACUCUGAAUGAAUAUGGAGAAAUUACAGGUGAAAGCGCCCAGACAGGAAGAGAGGCUGAACGUCAUAUUGUCAUAGAUGAUAUAAUUGUCAUAGAAAAAGUGAAGGUAGAGCCCGAUCACGACGAUUAUCUAGUAACGUCACUUGACGAUACGUUUGCAGAAUUGGACAAAGCCAUGGAAGACAAGACCAUCAAUCAAAAUGUAAACAAUGCAAAAUAUAGCUCCACAAUGACUGUAGAUUUAGUUAGUGGAGCUUAUGUCAACCAAAAUUUCAAAGUAGAAAAAGAUAUCACAAUAAUAUGAAUAGAUAUGAGUGCUUGGAACACAUAAAUACAAUCGGAAUUCGUUAUACACGGUACCGCAAAACGGGGUAUCAUCAAUCAGUGGGCUAACUUUGAUGGGUUUGAACAUCUUAUUGACCCAAACAAACAUAUUUCAUUGAAUCCAGCUUCUGCUCAUGAAUGGUAUUUAUGUAUUUCGUAUUCUACUACAUAUUACAAUUCAUGAAAGUUGAUUUUAAUAUACAUUGAAACAAAUCGAUUUUUCCAUAACUGUAUUUCGUAACAAACUCAUUGAAAUAUGUAUUACACAGCGUAACAAAAAAUAACUUUUUGUCUGUCUCAAGAGCAAACUUAUGUGUCUCCGAAGGAUUUUGGGCCGCUGAAUCCGAAUCCGGGCUCAGAUUUGCUCUAACACGUCACAAUUUUGAGCUAUACCUCAAUUUAUAGGGCAAAAUAUGCGAUUUUGGGCUUUUUUAACUGCAAGCCAUUAAGCAAGGAAAUAUUU